AGGCCACUAGGCCAGUGCUCCCUCGUCUCCCCCGUCGGUCCGGGCCGGAAAUCCCCCCACAGUCCCCCACCGCAUCUCCCCCGCUCUCGCGGCCUGGGCGUGCGACCGAGACUGCGCGAAGGGAGCGAUGGAGAGGCUGGAGAGCUACCUGAAGGAGCACUUCGACGUGCCGCCCAAGAACCCCUCUGAGGAGGCGCAGCGGCGAUGGCGGUCCGCCGUUGGCGCGCUCGUCAAGAACCGCCGCCGCCGCUUCCGCAUGGUGCCGGACCUCCACCGCCGCAGCCUGGACGAGGCCCAGCGGCGGUCCACCCAGGAAAAAAUCCGGCUUGCCCUCUAUGUGCAGAAGGCUGCCAUGACCUUCAUUGAUGGUGCCAAGCACAAAGACUACCGGAUCACAGAGGAUAUCAGAAACGCUGGGUUCUCCAUAAACCCAGACGAGCUGGCAUCGAUCACAAGCAAGCACGACGCGAAAGCCUUAAAGAUGCACGGCGGGGUGGACGGGGUGUCGAAGAAGAUCCGGUCGGCGUUGGACCAUGGCAUAUCUGCCAGCGACCUAGACACGAGGCAAAGCAUCUACGGCGUCAACCGGUACGCGGAGAAGCCUUCGAGAACGUUCUGGAUGUUUGUGUGGGACGCGUUGCAGGACAUGACUCUGAUCAUCCUGAUGGUGUGCGCUCUGCUGUCUGCUGCCGUCGGUCUGGCGUCUGAAGGCUGGCCCAGGGGCAUGUACGAUGGCCUGGGGAUCAUGCUCAGCAUCCUGCUGGUUGUCAUGGUCACUGCUGUCAGUGACUACAGGCAGUCGCUCCAGUUCAAGGAGCUUGACAAUGAGAAGAAGAAGAUAUUCAUCCAUGUGACCAGAGACGGAUCCCGGCAGAAGGUCUCUAUCUAUGACUUGGCGGUCGGUGACAUCGUGCAUCUGUCCAUCGGAGACCAGGUGCCUGCCGACGGGCUGUACGUGCAUGGAUACUCCCUUUUGAUCGACGAGUCCAGCUUGUCAGGCGAGAGCGAGCCGGUCUAUGUUUCUCAGGACAAGCCAUUCAUCUUGGCGGGGACUAAGGUUCAGGAUGGGUCAGCUAAGAUGAUGGUGACCGCCGUCGGCAUGCGCACCGAGUGGGGAAGGUUGAUGAGCACGCUGAGCGAGGGAGGAGAGGACGAGACGCCGCUGCAGGUCAAGCUGAACGGAGUUGCAACCAUCAUUGGCAAGAUCGGCCUGUUGUUUGCCACAUUGACAUUUGUUGUCCUGAUGGUUAGGUUCCUCAUUGAGAAAGGUUUGACGGUUGGUCUGUCCAAAUGGUACUCUACUGAUGCGCUGACUAUAGUGAACUACUUCGCGACUGCUGUCACUAUUAUCGUCGUCGCUGUUCCUGAAGGGCUGCCUCUUGCUGUUACUCUGAGCCUUGCAUUUGCGAUGAAGAAGCUAAUGAAUGAUAAGGCACUUGUCCGGCACCUUUCAGCGUGUGAGACUAUGGGAUCUGCCGGAACCAUCUGCACGGAUAAAACGGGAACUUUGACUACUAACCAUAUGGUGGUCGACAAGAUAUGGGCAUCCGAGGUCUCAAAAUCGGUUACCGAUAGCAGUAGUUUGGAAGAUCUGGCUUCUGCCGUUUCUCCAGCCACAUUGAGCCUGCUUCUGCAAGGAAUUUUUGAGAACACCAGCGCAGAGGUAGUCAAUGAGAAGGAUGGCAAGCAGACUGUCUUGGGAACUCCGACAGAGAGGGCAAUAUUUGAGUUUGGCUUGAAACUGGAAGGUCUUGGUGCUGAGGAUAGGACCUGCACCAAGGUCAAGGUCGAGCCGUUCAAUUCGGUUAAGAAGAAGAUGGCGGUGCUGGUCUCGUUGCACGAUGGCGGCUCGUACCGCUGGUUCACCAAAGGCGCGUCGGAGAUCGUUGUGGAGAUGUGCGACAUGAUGAUAGAUGGCGAUGGGAACAGCGUCCCCUUGUCAGAAGCUCAGAGAAAGAUCGUCUUGGAUACUAUCAACUCCUUUGCUUCAGAUGCUUUGAGGACACUGUGCUUGGCGUAUAAGGAUGUGGAUGGUCUCGAGGACGACGACGACGAUGCAGAUAGCCCAACAAGUGGUUUCACUCUAAUCUGCAUUUUUGGCAUCAAGGAUCCCUUGCGCCCAGGAGUCAAGGACGCUGUGGAGGCCUGUAAGUCUGCUGGCAUCGUCGUGAGAAUGGUGACCGGUGACAACAUCAAUACAGCCAAAGCUAUAGCCAAAGAGUGUGGGAUACUAACUGAUGGUGACCUAGCAAUAGAAGGGCCAGAAUUCCGCAGCAAGAGCCCAGAAGAGAUGAGGGACAUAAUACCUAAGAUUCGGGUCAUGGCUCGUUCUUUACCGUUGGACAAGCAUACCCUUGUGACGAACUUGCGAGGUAUGUUUCGCGAGGUGGUUGCUGUGACAGGUGACGGCACGAAUGAUGCUCCAGCGUUGCAUGAAGCAGAUAUCGGCCUUGCUAUGGGCAUAGCAGGAACAGAGGUUGCCAAGGAGAGUGCUGAUGUGAUAGUGCUUGAUGACAAUUUCACAACUAUAAUAAAUGUCGCGAGGUGGGGUCGUGCGGUUUACAUAAACAUCCAAAAGUUCGUGCAGUUCCAGCUGACUGUCAACAUUGUUGCUUUGGUCAUCAACUUCGUCUCAGCAUGCAUUACAGGGAGCGCUCCGCUCACAGCGGUGCAACUGUUGUGGGUGAAUAUGAUUAUGGAUACAUUAGGAGCUCUAGCUCUAGCAACGGAGCCUCCAAACGAUGACAUGAUGAAGAGACCACCUGUCGGGCGAGGGGAAAGCUUCAUCACCAAGGUCAUGUGGAGAAAUAUCAUUGGGCAAAGUUUGUACCAGUUGGUUGUGCUCGGAGCCCUCAUGUUUGGCGGGGAACAGUUUCUGAACAUCAAGGGCGCGGAUUCCAAAUCUGUUGUCAAUACUCUCAUAUUCAACUCCUUCGUGUUCUGCCAGGUGUUCAACGAAAUAAACAGCAGAGAAAUGGAGAAGAUCAACGUGUUCCGCGGCAUGGUCACCAACUGGAUCUUCAUCGCGAUCAUAGCCGCGACGGUCCUGUUCCAAGUGGUGAUCGUAGAGCUGCUCGGCACCUUUGCCAGCACCGUCCCACUCGACUGGCGGCUUUGGCUGCUUAGCGUCGGCCUCGGAUCGGUUAGCUUGGUCGUCGGUGCCGUCCUCAAGUGCAUACCAGUUGCCAAAUCGAACGGAGCUCCUGCGAGUCCCAACGGCUACGCCCCGCUCCCCAGCGGUCCUGACGACAUUUAGCUGAAGAAGAGGGGAUGCAUGGAGAAAAGAAGUUGCAUCCGAUUUUUGCGUCUUGUUUGGAAUAAGUAAUGAACCACUGGCUAGGCUCAGCUUUA